GCAGUGCAGCUCCUACUGCUGACCCCACCCACAGCGUGCAGUAAGGCUGAAGUUGCUCCCACUGCCAAGGCUGGAGGGUGAGAGGAUGAAGAAUCUGGGUGGUGGGUCUCUUUCCACUCCAGCAGCUGCUCUUUUUGUGGGAGGGAGAGCAAGGAGCAGAGGCCAGCGGGAGAGGCAGAACUGUGAAUUGGCAAAGAAUAAAGGCAAAAGAGAGAGCAGCAGCAGCUGAAGUCUAUGUUCAUUGCUAACCUGAUCAACCCAGGAUGUGGCUUCUCUGUGACAUCACACCCAGAUGUUUUUCCAGGACACGCCCCCACAGGGCUCUGAAACACUCAGAGGAGCAAUAACGGAGAAAGCUUAUUCUACUGUCACAAUGCAAUGGACGGGUUAGAGAAACUGCAUUUUUGUCAUUUCAUUGCACUCUAGAAGAUCAGCGUUAAUUCCCGCUUAAAGCAACAAGCUGCCAGAGUUAUGAUUUUUUCUUUCAUUGGACUUUAAAUGCCUUUUCUCUUUAGUGACAAGCUGGGUGCAGUCUUCACAAACAGAGUGCAUGUAGGAUAGCUGCUCAGUCAGCCCUGGCUUCUACAAAGGGAUCCUAAGAAAUAGGAAGGGAAAAGUCUACUUCGUUUUUUUUUUUUUUAAAAGGGAAAACGUGCAAUUUUUUUUUUAAACACACCUAUGAAAAAUGGCAACAGCAGCAUACGUGGAUCAUUUUGCAGCCGAGUGCCUUGUUUCUAUGUCCAAUCGUGCUAUUAUCCACAGUCCCAAAGGGGACGCAGAUCCCCGACCUGAUGCAGCAGUACCUCCUCCUCUAUCAAAUGGAGAAAAUAAGCGGGAAGUAAGAGAGACCGGGAAAGACAAUGGAUCGUCGCUGUUUGUGGUGGCCAGGAUUUUAGCAGAUCUCAACCAGCACGUCCCAAACUCUGCCACCGUUCGGAUGGAAAAAACAGAGAGCAUCGAUAACAGGGAAAAACUAAGUCCUUCUUUUCCUCCUCAGGAGUUUGGGGAUGAAAGUGUCUCCCCAGCCGGCAAGCGUGGAGAAGGAAAAGCAGCCACACCUACUUGCCUGGCUGCAGUAAGCGAGCCAAGCCCCAAACAAAGGAGCAGACGGGGAAGAAACCGGGCUGACCCCGAGUCACCCCAGAAAAAGCACAAAUGCCACUACGUGGGGUGCGAAAAAGUUUAUGGCAAAUCUUCCCAUCUCAAAGCUCAUCUAAGGACCCACACAGGAGAGAGGCCUUUUGAAUGCAGCUGGCAAGAAUGCAACAAGAAAUUUGCCCGCUCCGACGAACUGGCCCGGCACUACCGCACUCACACUGGAGAGAAGAAGUUCGGUUGCCCACUCUGCGAGAAACGUUUCAUGCGCAGUGACCACCUGACGAAGCACGCCCGUCGUCAUGCCAACUUCCACCCCAGCAUGCUCAAGAGGCGGAGCGGUAGCAGCUCCAGAACGGGGUCCGUCAGUGACUAUAGCCGUUCGGAUGCGUCAAGCCCCACCAUCAGCCCCGCCAGCUCCCCGUAAACCUACCUGCACUGGAUGUCAGCACUUUGCCUCUGACACUUAUUGUGGAGUUGAAUUUGUGUUGCACACAGUUUUAAAACUGUCGCUUAUUUUGUUUUGUUUUUUUUUCAAAUCAGUAAGUAGCUGCCUCUCACUGCAACUUCAAAACAAGAACUCUUCACCUCGCCAAACAGGUGCCUGGUCUAACCUCACGGACAGAUGGAUCUUAAUGUCCCACUUAGUGGCUCCUGCUGCCUCAAUAUUUCAUACGUUUUACAGCCAUAAACAGAUGCUCUUGAUUGUUGUUUAUAUAUAAAAAAAACCAGAAAACCUUAAAAAAAACCACAACCAUCUAUAAUUCACCUCAGGUGUCCGAGCAGUUUUGAGAGAUCGGAUUGCACAACACAAGCAUAUAUACAGUUACAAUUCAGUUGUGUUGGGAUUUCUCUCCCCCCCCCCCUCCUUUCUCAGGGAUGGCUAUUUAUAUUACACAGUAAGUACAAUGAAGACAUACCUUUGCCACAACCUUACUCGGUAAAUAUAUUUGCACUCAGAAGCAUUUUGUUAGGAUUUUUUCACACACGUGGGGAAAAAAACAAAAACUAGUACUGGAAGUUAGUGCCAGGCUCUUUUAUUGUUUGAUUUCAGUUACAUCCUACCUUUGGGGGGCCCACUUUUUCAUGCAGCUGCCCUUUGCUUUUGAGAGCAAGCAAUCCUUUCAUUUCUCACCACAGAUGCUCCAAAAGCCAACUUCCUGUUGCAAAAAUCUUCCUGUCCAAGUUGGAUAAACUUUUCUUUUUAAAGCUAGAUUAACUUCCAAGAAAGAUUUCUAAAUGAGAUGCCUUAAUCAAAGAAUCUAAACACAAGGAAACACAUUUACACUGGGUAACAGCUUUUCCAGCAAGGUGGUAUGGAAUUUUGGAGGCAUUUUGUCUUCUGUCUCAGUUAUAAGCACUCUCUGCACUGCCUAUCGAAUAUGGGACCAACGAAAUAUUAAAGCAAACCACAUUGACUUGAACAACUCCCCGCCCCCUUUAAAAAAAAAAAGAACAGAGAAAAUAUUGUAGCUGAACCGAUGCCCAUCAAAACUUUUAUCAAGGUACUUACCUACUGUACAUGGGCGCCAACUUAUAUGGGCUCUUGGAGCUAAAGCCCCAGGAAUAUUCAUAAUCAGGGGCUCUGCUCCACCAAUAUUUGGAGCUAC